AUUCUGUGCUCAGGGUGAACUUGGAGAAUUCUACUUUGGAACGGAGAACGUGUACACCCUGAUUUUUUCAGCCUACAUGAACCGACGGAUGGACAAGGGCCUUCGAAGGCGCAUCAAGAGAAUCACCACGGCACUGUCUGAGGCUGGCAUGGUCACGCAGUUGUACCACACAGCCAUUCCCUCGUUGGACCGGUGCAGCGUAGCCGACGAAGAGGACGUGCUCAAGCUGCAAGACUUGGCAUCCGUGUUCUAUUUGUACGCCGCCUUCUGCCUCACUAGCAUCAUCGUAUUCGUAGCAGAGCUGCUCGCCAACCGAGGCACCCCUCUCGGAAAACGUGCGCGGUUGCACUGGCGACUCAAGCGUUCGGUUGGCUCGCAGAAUAUCUUAGUUCGCCCCGUGGGGAUGCUAACUGCUAGGAAUGAUUGAAGCUGUGGUUGUAGAUUGUGCUGGUGCAAUUCCCAAAGAGCUUGCAUGGCGGCAAAAGCAGAAAUGCUAGCAGAGAAAUGUGAAACUCUAAAACAAUCUUUAAAAGUAAUGACAGCGAAGGAAUUUCAUACGGUGGCAUGAUUACGGCAUGGAAAAAUUAAACCUGAAAGAGGAAAUAACUUGACACAGAACACAACGCCUUGGAGAAAAAAAAAAGAGUAAAUUUAUUUCAUUUCGCUUAUAAUUAGUUGGUGUAUAAUCGCUGCAUCUUCCUUGUAAAUAUCACUUGAAAUUUAGA